CUCGCGCUCACAGUUUCCCUAGUCCUCGAAGGCUCGGAAGACCGUUACCAUGUCGUGCGAGUCGUCUAUGGUUCUCGGGUACUGGGAUAUUCGUGGGCAGGAGCAGCUCUACGCGGGAGCCUUUUCGAGCUGCCGAGCCACGGAUGUCGACCCCUGCCCAGCCACGGAUGUCGACCCCUGCCCAGCCUCUGGGAUCGCGGGCCCUGUGGGGAGGGGCGGAGGAGACCACGCCGGAGCCGGACCUAGGGGCCGCUUAACCACCGCCCCGGCAGGACGCAGGGACUCGGCAGCCCCGGGCCGGGGGACGUUAGCGGGCGGGGGUUGGGAAUGGGUGGGAGCUGCGCAGUCGCUGAACCGCUGUCUUCCCCAGCUGGCGCACGCCAUCCGCCUGCUCCUGGAGUUCACGGAUACCUCUUAUGAGGAGAAACGGUACACGUGCGGGGAAGCUCCUGACUAUGAUCGAAGCCAAUGGCUGGAUGUGAAAUUCAAGCUAGACCUGGACUUUCCUAAUCUGCCCUACCUCCUGGAUGGGAAGAACAAGAUCACCCAGAGCAAUGCCAUCUUGCGCUACAUCGCUCGCAAGCACAACAUGUGUGGUGAGACUGAAGAAGAAAAGAUUCGAGUGGACAUCAUAGAGAACCAAGUAAUGGAUUUCCGCACACAACUGAUAAGGCUCUGUUACAGCUCUGACCACGAAAAACUGAAGCCUCAGUACUUGGAAGAGCUACCUGGACAACUGAAACAAUUCUCCAUGUUUCUGGGGAAAUUCUCAUGGUUUGCUGGGGAAAAGCUCACCUUUGUGGAUUUUCUCACCUAUGAUAUCUUGGAUCAGAACCGUAUAUUUGACCCCAAGUGCCUGGAUGAGUUCCCAAACCUGAAGGCUUUCAUGUGCCGUUUUGAGGCUUUGGAGAAAAUCGCUGCCUACUUGCAGUCUGAUCAGUUCUUCAAGAUGCCCAUCAACAACAAGAUGGCCCAGUGGGGCAACAAGCCUGUAUGCUGAGCAGGAGGCAGACUUGCAGAGCUUGUCUUGUUUCAUCCUGUCCCUAAGGGGUCAGCACUCUUGCUUUGCUCUUUUCAAUAAAUAGCACUUAUGUUA